AUGGCACAGCGUGCGGAAGCUCUUGUGGAGGAACGUGUGAUGCAUCUACAAGAAAUACGGCGGCGGCGGAAUGAACUGUUGUCCGAAAUGUUCCACCUCAUCCAGAAACGCGAUAACCUAGGGUCCGUCAUCGCGGUGGAGGAUGAGGACAACGUUGCGCUCAAACUGUUCCUGGAGCGGUUUGACAUGGAGAAACACCCGGAUUCCGGCCUCAUCUUGAACCUCUUGGAAGAUGAGGUCGCCAUACCGGACACGCCCCCAGAAUACUCCCCCGUCGUGCCUAUGCACGUUCUCGACCCGGACCCGGAGCUCGUCCCGGAGCUAACGCCAGAGCUGGGUCCUUCCUUGCCGGAGCCCGCGCAAGAGAUCAAGGCGGACGAUGAAGACGAGCCCGAGCUGGUACCGGUGCCAACACCGGAGCUGGGGCUAGAGCUAUCUUCACAACCUGGACCGCCGGCAGCUGCCUUGGAACCAGAGGCGGAGGCAGAGGCAGAGGCGGAAGCCGCUGUCAAUGUCAUACUGGACUCGCCUAUGUCCGACCCACCCACGUCGCCACGCGCGGAGGCCCAAGAAGAGGAAGAAGAAGAAGAAGAGCGCGAGGAUGAAGUGGUGACAGUUCAGGCUCCAGAGCCCCUGCAGGAGAACUCCGCCAUGGACAUGGACAUCGAUGAAUCAAGCACCGUCGCCGCGACACCAGUUCUCCCAAGUGAGUCGGCCAUUGGGGAUGUCUCCAUGGCGUCACAGCAUCCCACACAAGAGCCGCAAAUCAUACCGAAGUCGCCGGGACUCAUCGUCGUCGAGCCUAUCGCCGAGGUCACUCGGCCUGUGAAGUCCCAUACUCCCGCCAAGACACCUACACCUUCCCCUUCCCCACACUUUGCUGCCCUCGCACCUCCUGAAGACUCCCCCACGCUCUCCUCCCCGUCUCCUCCCACGGACCUUGAUAUUUCGUUCGUACCGAAGUCGCCGUUAUCCCCACCCCAGCGGCCCGAUGAAGUACCGAAAGAGUCUAACGAUGUCAAGCCCGAGUCUCUGGGGGAAGAUACUGUUAUGGAACAAUCAGAGGCGUUGGCUACUUCAAGAUCUGAAGCAAACGGGGCGCCACUUUCCGGCUCGCACGGUGGACAACAGUCAAUGAAUAUCUUGGCGCCUUCACAACUCCAAACUUACCUCAUAUUUGGUGGCGAGGAUCAGCGUCACCCGGCCUACACCAUACCACUACCCCGACCCCAGCCAAUGGAGGACUACUCAAUUGCGGAUGGGCAAAGUGCCACGGACUUCGUGCAGAACCCGGUACGGCAUCCUACUUUUGGGCCCGAACCUCCCCUAUUGCCUAUGGAGUUCACGCGCAAGAGGUCGUCGAAAAAGAAGAAAGACAAGGAGAAGGAGUCGAAGAAGGAGGAGUGGCAGCCUAUGACGAAUCCACUGCAUCCCAAGCUGUCACGGUCGUCAAAGUGUCUGAGCACGCGCGAUUGGUCGGUCGGCAUCACGGAGCUGCGCUACAUGCGCGCGUUCGAACGUAUCGAGAAGCUCAAGGACGGCGCGUGGAGCUUCAGGCAGCCAAAGAAGCAGCGCGGGGUUGGCUCGUCCGUGAAGACGCAUUGGGACUACCUCAUCGACGAGAUGAGGUGGAUGCGGACAGAUUUUCGCGAGGAGCGACGAUGGAAGCUUGCGUUGGCGUACACCCUUUCUCGAGCGGUGGUGGAGUGGCAUGAAGCUGGAUCUCUGGAAGAGCGCGUAAACCGCGGAAUCGUCGUACGCUGGACUCCGCCGCCUCCAGAAGACGCCGAAAUGGCUGACGGUGAAGGAGAUCGGCCAGACGGUCCGUUCCGUGAGUCGCAAGAGGCCGAUGAGAAUGGUGCAGAUUCAAGGGAGACCGCUACUCCUCUCGACGGCUACGCCACGGACGAUGAGAGCGACGAGGAACAAGACAAGGAGACGCAAGAGGCCGCAGACGGCCUGACUCCUGGAGGCGCGCUUCAAGAUGCUCUCGAACAACUCGAACAAGAUCAGGCCACGGUCAAUCAGCCAAACGCCACCGGAGUCUCUCUCAGGCCCAAAGUCGAAGAAAUCGAAGACCUCACUGCACUUGGGGAAACUCCUGCCGCACGAGCCGAGAAUGCAAUGAACGUCGACGUCAAGAAGGACAUUACUGAGCAAUCUGGAGUUCCGGAUGUCGACGCCUCUAAGACCGAUCCAUUGGAGGCACAUCCAGGCCUAAAAUCGACUUCUAAGGAUCCUGUUCUCGGCGCUGCUGGCAAAGAGGUCUCGGACAAGAAGUCUACGAAGAGCAAAGCGAAUCAAUACGCACCUCUCCGCGAAGCUAUCAUAUACUCGGAUUUCGACAAGCUCUUCAUCGACCCCGACGACCUUGACAUCAUCAAGGGGAUGUCCGAACUCACCACCACCGAGGACCCCUUUGCCCCUUCGUCUGGCGGUCCACCGGUCCCUCACGACCUCGCCACCAUUUUCCCCGAUCUUGUGCCGUUCACGAUGCUUGACGUCGCCCCUCCUCCUGUUCACGAGGUUAGGAAGAAGGGGGACAAGAAAAGCGACAAGGACGAUCCAAACAAGCGUCAUGACGAGACCACGUACUUCAAAGUCACAUCAGCAAGCAAGUUCAUGCAUAUCAAACCCGCUUUACUUGGUACCUUGCAGCCCGCGAAGCACUACGAAGACGGGCACUGGGAUCGUAUAGAGGAUACUCCGGUCUUCCUCGACAUCGAUGUUGUUCAUCCACGCGAAGAGCAUCUUUGUGCACUCUUCGAAACGUCUACCCCGAGACCCCAUAUCAUUCCCCAACCCACUCCCCUCAGAGAUCCCCGGAAGCGCAAUGCCGACCACGGCGAAGGUACCGUGUGGACCCCUGCCGAGGACAUUCUGCUCAAGCAAGCUGUGGACCGUUACCCAACCAAUUGGGCACUCGCGGCAGACGCUUUCAACUCUUCCCGUGUCACCAUCUCCACCGACAAACGUACAACAUGGGAAUGCGCAGAACGCUGGACUCAACUUGCGAAGGAGACCAGGGCCAGUUCGUCUCGGGGCGACGGGGCGGACGAGGGCGCAGGGCACAAGCGGUCGCUCACGCAAACGUCUGGGCUCGCUACCGCGGGUAGCUCCUCAGCUACAGGUGAGCCGCGCAAGCGUCGCAGACAUGCGUCGAUGCACGACGCUGUGCGCAAGUCGACGAAGAAGCGGGAGGCGUUGCAGAAGAGCUCUGCUGCGCCACGCGUCAAGCCUGCCGCGGUGCAUGACACACACGGCCAGUUCACGAAGCUGCCGCGCCUGACGCCGGCGGAGCUUAGUCGAAUGAAAGCCGAAAAGGAGGCAAGAGACCAGCAGGACCUAGCAUUGCGACAACGACCUAAUAUGAAUCGACAGCAACUCGUGCGGGAGCAGCAGCAGCGCGCGCAAGGGUUACCUCCUAACGCACAUCCACCGCAAAACCCGCAAACUCCGAUGCAUCCCCAAGCGAACGGUGUUGCUCGUGCUGCCCCCGGUCAGUCUCCGAUGGUGCCCUCCAUUCGGAGCCAGGUCGGGAUCUCCCAGCAGCAACAGCAGCAGCGGAUCGCUGCGGCCCUGGCCAGCGCCAACACGCGGAUGUCGCCACCUCAGCUCUCCGCCCAACAGCUGCAGGUGGCGCACAUGCGAGCGAUGGCGGCGGCACAGGGCCAGGCGCAGCAGCAGCAGCAGCAAGUCCCCGGCCAGCCAUCGCAGCAGGCGCAGGUUUCAGCGCAGCCCCAGAUGCCGGCGCAGAUGCCCCCGCCGUCGAACGCGUCGGCGGCGCUCACGGCGGCGGCGCCCGCGCUCAGCUCGUCGCCGCCGCUGCCGGUUGCGAGCCCGCCGAACGUGCAGCGGCCGCCAUCGGUCCCGGGCCAGCCUGUGCAGGGCGCGCCUGUGAACCCGAUGGUGCAUGCGAACAUGACGCCGUUCUAUCCGCACAACAUGCACGUUCGCGGCGCGCCGGCGAUGCAGGCGAUGCAGGGGCUGCAUUCGGUAGAACAGAUCCAGGCUUUUUUGCGUCUUCAACAACAGCAACAGCAAUACGCCGCCCACGCUCAACAGCAGCAGCAAACCGGGCCCAAUGGCAGCUUCCCUCACGCAUGA